AGCUGAUGGUUAUGGGGACGUAAGUAGGGAGUUUCAUUUUCACAACUGUAAUUCGUGAAUUUGCUCGUUUUAGGGCAGGACACGACUUUCGGUAGGAGCUGUAAUCGUAGGGAUUUCAGUACGGCUGUGAAGGCUGCUUUUGCCGGGGUCUCAGCGCGGUCCUGAGAGGCGCUUUUUGCCGGGGUCUCGGCGCACUCGUACGGACUGCCUCUUUCGGGUUUCCGCCUGCUGCCCGGAAGGGAUCGGAAAGCAGGGGCAGCGUCACGGCCUUCGGAGGCCCGAAACACAGCGGGGAAGGAGGGGAAGAAAAGAAAAGAAAGAAGACAGAAAGAAAGGGCCCGCUGGUUGCCAAACCGGAGAAUUUACCGAAGAACUUGAGCACCUCGUCGCCUUUCUUCGAUACCCGCGAUCCGCUUUGUCUUAAGUUACUAGAACCAGCCUAGGUCGGACCGAUGAUCGCUAGCCGGUACUGAUAACUGGGUCAGCUUGCACAAUUAUCAUUAACCAGGCUGAAUGAACCACGACAAACGGCCGGUUUCCUAGGUUCCCAGGGCUCUGCCAGUAACAACAGGGGUGAAGAGGAGAAGGUCAACUAAAGUCAGACGCCAAAAUGACUAGCUCACCAGCUGCUAGGAUAGUUCACAACUACAAACGGACCUCCAGUCCUCGAUCUCCUACUAACACAGGGGAGCUCUUCACGCCAGCGCAUGAGGAGAACGUGCGUUUCAUCCAUGACACCUGGCAGUGUGUCAUGAGAGACAUCAAGUCCUCCCAGAACAGUGAUCGAGGGCCUCAGGAAUAUGUGGAAAAAACCCCAAACCCUGCCCUGCAUUCUUUCACACCAGUCGACCUCAGUGACAUCAAAAGGCGAAGCACACAGGACUCCAAAAAGUCUUAGAUGUCUGUCCUAACAUGUCUGGCUUUUCCAUUGUUCCCGAGACUCUCUUCCAACGAUCCUUUUUAUCAGCUGACCAGCCAUUUGACCAGUCCCAGGAUGGCCUGUGUUCUGGGCUCCCAGCACUGCUUACUGGCCCUUCUACAGCUACAGUACAGUGACUGACCCCAUUUCCUGGCCCUGCUGCAUGGGAAGUCGCGUUGACAUCUCGCUGACAUCCUCAGAGCUUUGCUCUGUUUGACUUCUGAUUUUUUGGCGUCCCUGUUGGGGAGGUGAGAGAUCAAUGGAGUUAGCAUUGUGUUUCUCACUGUGGUUUUUCUUUCCACUUGAUUCCUGGAUACUGGAAAUAUUCUGGCAGUGGGAAAAAUGACACUUGUUGGAAUUGGGUUAUUUAAAAUUGUUUUUCAUACAAAAUGUAUUAUUGGAGCUAAAGCAGACUAUCAUGGUGGUAGUGCUGAUUAGCCGAUUUUAAAGGUCAAUCCACUUAUUUUCUCUUGGCAGGUUUACAGUCUUUCUUUUUGCUCUACUGAUUUUCCUGACUACAUGAUUGGCAGAAUGUGAGGAUUUCUAAUGGCUGGUGACAUUUUUAGGUGAAACUAGUAUGAUAGAAUAAUGGUGAUGAGGUUGAGUUACGCUAAGCAGACAUUUUAGGAUAAUUUCUGACUUUCUGACCAGCUCCUUGCAAAAUGACUGUCUGGUCAUAUUUCAGGCAAUUCAUUGUCCUACAAAAUGUAUUUAUUUUAAAGUAAUUGCAGAUGCAGAUACUAGUUACACAAUGCUGAUGUAACAGUAUCUUGCUAAAGAUCAGUUAUGAUGAAGAGCUUCACUUGCAGGUAUUGUGAAUUGUUUACCUUGGUUAAGCAGAUAAUUAUGUUAUAUUCAAACUCUUCCCUGUAAUAUGCUGACAAGUUAUUGUUUCCUCCUAAAAUCAUGUUUUUAACAUUUAGAACCCUUUUGUUAUUAUAUUAUAAACAAUUAAUAUAUACCCCA